UUUGUAGUGCGUGCGGUCCACUCUCACGUCACGCCAGGGGAUUUGAGUGGUUUUAGGAUGUGAACUACGCGCUGUGCAGCCCUUACUACCUUAGGCCGCCCACUAGACGCACGCCCAGCAAAACCAUAUGCCACGCUUGUCCUGGUCGGCCUUGUCAACAAUGUGUCGACUGCGCGCCUGCUGGGAUCGCUCGGCGAAAACCCUUGUAAAUUGUGGUCUGUUGCCGUAGCAGCCCUGCCCCGUGCACUUCGGGCCAAGUGCCUUAUGAAACGCGUCCGAUUUCAACCCAGAGCCAAGAUUCGUGCAAAUGAUCGUGGACAAGUGAGCUGACGAGGCUGCCUGCCUGAUAUGACUGUGACUCUGAGACAUUCUGUUUUGAAACGUUUGAGACGUGGGACGUGUCUGUGCACAACUUUCCUUAUACCAUUGUCCACUAGUAUUACUAGCCUUUGGGCGAGUUGGCUUAUGAUAUUUUAUGCCAGCCUACCUCUGUCUCGGAAUUAUUUACAUGCAGCCCACAUUAUGUGUGUGGUCUUGUGAUGCGUGGAGAAACUGCUGAUUCCAUUGACAGGGAGACGAACAGGCCUACGUAGUCUGCCUCCUACUACUACUCCACAGCUAGCUGAGGUCGUGAACUAUUAGUAUUACUGAUCGUCUGCACUCACAGCUAGCUGUACUGCAUGCAGAGGUCGCUGGAGUUACCCGUGCUCAGCAACGCACCUGAGUCUGCUGAAUCCCCCACCAAGGUGCCGCGAGGCCCUGGCUCAUAACGAACUUGAGCCCUUCCUUGCGGACGCACUCGUUGUAAUAACGGGAACAGCAGCAAACGUUCACUAUCCGCUAGAGACACGGUCAACCGUCGUGUCCACAGUGCUAGCGGCGAGGCAUGCAGUUUGACUUUUCGGUGGGCGAGCUUGUGCUGGUCGAUUGGACGGACGGCAAGAUAUACUAUGCCAAGAUCAAGCGCAUCGACGAGAAGAGACAGGUCUGCGCCAUAGUGUUUGAUGACGGAACGCGGGACGAGGCGCAUUUUCACAAGAUUCACAGUGUGAGUGAGACAACAAACGAGUCUGACUGGAUAGUGUGUGUAAUCUGCAAAGGCGGUGACUCGGACGCACCCAAUCUCAUCGUGCUGUGUGAUAACUGUGGCAUAGGCUACCACCAGACGUGCCACAAGCCGCCCAUUCCCUCCGCAGCACUCGAGCCCGAUGCCCCCUGGGCAUGCAGCUACUGCACUGACGACAAACCUCAUCCGUUCAGUCCCGAGCGGUCUCACACUGCCGGUUCAUCGGACACCAGAAGCCGGGCGAGGGACACGGGCCCGAAAACGGAUACAGCCGUGGGUAGCUCGAGCGCGAAGCCUGUGGGUUCUUCUGGCCUUGCCGACGCUGAACAGGAGAAGCAGCUUACCGGACGACGACGUAGCUCACAGAGGGUUGCUGCUGCUGGCACGAGCGGUAGCACAACGUCACUGAAGGACCCAUGCUCAUUGCCCUCCGUGCCAGCAGCAAUGCGUCCUGAGUCGGAUCGGUCGCCUGAAGCACAGGUUGUCGUCAGCACGUCCCACACGACAGGCGUUUCUUCUAGCGCUGCCCAGCCAUCUGCCGAGACCUCCAAGACCACUGAGCGUCCGCAGGAGGCAACUCCGCUGCUGCAAGUCGCUGGAUACGGUCACGGCGAAGACGACGACGACGACGACGACGCAGAUAUGUCCUCCAUGCCGAGUCUCACAAAGACCAGUACUUCGCCGUCGACAGAACGCCGAGCAAGCCUGCCGGGGGUGCAGGCGCCCGAACCAACGCCAACCGCAGAUCACUUUCCGGCUCCAAGUGCAUCUUCACCGUCCGUACCAUGCAACGAUCCGAGCAGUGCUGUCCAGGCAACAGGACCACCAUCUUCAGUUCCGAUGCCUGCAUCCAGGUCACCCAGUGCUGUGGCGAGCGCUUCUUCUCGGCAUUCCUCGGUAGGGGAGGCUGUGGAAGACGACGGGGAACGUGAACAAUUGGCUCUGUCCACUGAACAUGUCGCGCAUCCAGCAGGGAUGGUGAGAAUCGAACUGGAGAAGUAUGUCCCGACCCCUGCUGCCGCUACCUCUGCCGCAUCCCGGCCAGUUUCCGGCAGCCCUACUGGCGGAGAGACGAACAAGAGCCCAGGCACGCCGUUGCUCGACGAACGAGAGGACAGUGGUGCCGGCACUGUAGAGCGUUACCAGGGCGACAACGACGACGAGCCAAUGGACUGCGACGAUGGCGGCCUGUCGGAAAAGGAGCCUCCAUCGCUGCACGCUGGCGUUGCUAUGGACACUAGUACACCAGCGGCACCUCAGCUUUCACCGACUGCAGUGGCUUCUCCAAGCUACCAGCAGCAGUCAGAACCCUUGCAAGCAGCGCGGUCACCGCUCACCGGGCAGGUGCCUGCGCUGAGCAGCUCUGUUCCGCCGCAGGGAACGCGCGGCGCGGACGCUCCCGAGAUCGUGGAGAUCGUCGAGGACAUGGUUGCCGGCGAUUCGGCCUCCCCUGAUUUGGCUUCCCCGCCGGCUCUGCUCGCACCCGCCUUGAAGUCGGUGGAGCGCCUUGAUGCUGACGCAGGGGGCGGCCAAGCUCGGGCCAUGGGUCCCGUUUCACCACCGGCGCCAUGGCAGGAAAGCGCAGGACUGCAAUCACUGUCACCACAGCAGCGGCAGGAACAAGAGCAGCAGCAGCAGCCACUGCAGCACCAGAAUCCGGAGCUGCAGCACCAGAUGCAGGAGCUGCAGCCCCAGAAGCAGGAGCAAGGCGAUCAGCCGGUCCAGAACCAGCUUGAGCUGCAGCAAACAGAGCCAGCGGAGAAAGAUGACCAAGGAAUGACACCGCUACCGACAGAGGACACGUCAGCCGUACCAGAUAGUGGCGAGCACCUUGAAGAAGAGCAACAACAAGAACAAGAACGACACCACCACCACCACCACCAACAACCACAACCACCACAGCAACAACAACAACAACAACAACAACAACAACAACAACAACAACAACAACAACAACAACAACAACAACAACAGCAGCAGCAGCAGCAGCAGCAGCAACAACAACAACAACAACAACAACAGCUAGACCAGAUCUUUGAGCAGGAGCAGGAAGAACAACUGCAGCAGCAAAGCAUGCCGGAACAGACAGAGACAUCGGAUCAUGUUGACACUGAAGACCUUCAUGCUCAGCAGCUGCAGCAGGAAUAUGAAGAUAUGAUACCCGUUGUUGAAUCUGCCGGCAGUUGUAGCUCGUCCGAGGAGAUGGCCCCUCCGCUUGUCGCCGUUCACUCCCACACUGCCGAGCUGCCACUGUCCGACGUUGAUUCUACAGCCGUGUCAGCGCCAGCCCUUGCAGCACAGAGUACAAUUAUCACACCAUCCCUUGCAGCACAGAGUACAAUUAUCACACCAUCCCUUGCAGCACAGAGUACAAUUAUCACACCAUCCCUUACAGCACAGAGUACAAUUAUCACACCAUCCCUUGCAGCACAGAGUACAAUUAUCACACCAUCCCUUGAAGCACAGAGUACAAUAAUCACACCAUCCCUUGCAGCACAGAGUACAAUAAUCACACCAUCCCUUGCAGCACAAAGUACAAUAAUCACACCAUCCCUUGCAGCACAGGGUACAAUAAUCACACCAGCCCUUGCAGCCCAGAGUACAAUUAUCACACCAUCCCUUGCAGCACAGAGUACAAUAAUCACACCAGCCAUUGAGGCACAGAGUACAAUUAUCACACCAUCCCUUGAAGCACUAAGUUCAAUCACACCAGUCAUUUUAGAGGGCUCCAACUCGGAGGAGGAGCAGUUUCCGGCCGGCAUCGAAAUCAUCGACGUGCCGUCUCAAGCGUGGGAUGCUGAUGACAUGGACGACAUGGCAUGUGACUCACUACCUCUACUCAUUGGUGAUCCGGUCACUGAAGACAAUCCUGCACGCAUCAUGAAAGCGUCGGAGCCAACGCAUACAACCGAGAUGCCCGCUGAUGCUGAAGGAAGCAGAAGUCAGGAGCGUGGAAGUGCGUUCUCCCGCUACUCAUCCAGUUCCACAGGACAUAGUCACGGCGGCGUUCGGGAAACGCGUACUGCCAGUGGCGCUGAGGACUCCACGGCCGCUAGCGCUCCUAUAGCAGGCAGACAACAAACAGCACCGUUGCUGGUAGACCCGAUGGACAUCGAUGCUCCAGAUGCCGCUCCAAAGGUAAUGCAAGACAAGAUCCAUUCAGCACCGCACUUGCAGCAGCAAACUCCUCAUGCCGCCCAGUCGAUUCCGCAGCUAGCCACCACUGCAGGCCGAAGUUCCACUUCGCCCGGCGCGUUCGGUAGUUCACGUUCAUCCAUCAUGGCCCCCGAGCAAAUCCAGCAGAGCGUACUUGCCGCACUGUCAUCCGGCGACGAAAGGCCCUUGCUCUCGCCGCUGGACCGUGAUGUAGCAAUGGAGCAGCGCCGUCCCGCCGCAGCUGCCCAGCAGGGUCGCACAGCCGACCCUGCUGGGCAGCCUGCGAGCACAUCCUUGCGCUCGCAUGCCGUCGAUUUUUCUGGCGCAGGCAGCGGUGGCGGCAGCUCUUCGUCAAGCGUUCGCAUCGCACCGCCUGUCGCCGGCUUUGCCGCCGACCAGCAACAGCGCAUCGGCAGCAGCAGCGGAGCAGCACGACAACAAGCUAGUCAUGCACUGUCGGCGGCGUCGUCGUCGUCGAGGCCUGCGCCCACGCAAGGCGCCACCGCAGCGGCGGCGCUGGCACGCGCCUCACCGGUGCGGCCCUACAGCACCAUCAUCCGCUCCAACUCGGUGGAGACGAUCGAGAUUGGCGAGACGCAGCAACAGCAGCGACCGCGUUCGUUGCCACCGCAGCAGCAGCAACAGCAACAGCCACAGCCACCCAGUCAACAAACCUACUCGCAAGCCCCCGCGCACGGACAUGGACAACCAGCUUUAACCGUUUGUCCCCCGGGUAGAUACGUGGCACGCGCGGUGGGACACGUUCCGCAGUAUGUGCCCUCGGCAUCGUCGUCAGCCAGAGGUGCUGGCAGCACGUAUGAUCAGGAGCAGGACACGCGGCAUCUAGUGGCCACCAGGGAUGGUGUGGCUGUACGGCCCGGUAGUCGCCCAGGGACAGUGGUACGACCAAGCACCGCCUCACCGCCACCUGCUAAGCGUCCGCAGCUUGAAAUGGGACUCGCGGACGCGGCCGCUGCACCGAUGGAGAGUCCCGUCUCUCAGCAGCUGUCCAAUCUGUACAAGAGGCGUGCUAUACGCGAUGGCAAGCAGCUGAGAGAGCUGCCGCCCAUCAGCAGUGGGUCACCACAGUCCGUGAUGAGUGCCACGUCCGGUGCCGAGUUGCCUAGCAACCGUGCGGCGCCUCCGCCCUCCGUUGCCCACUCUGGUCAAGCCACCUCCGCUCCUGCUCAACUGGCUCCGUCCCGUCGACAUUACUCCAGCGCUUUCCUAGGCAACACGGACCCAGCUGCGAAGAUCGCGAUGGAGGCUGCGUCGAAGCGGAACACCGACAUCACGGUGCACACGGCGCCGACGCCCAUCGACCAGCACACACCACUUCCUGGCGUCAGGGAGCUGCACGACUUUGUCACCGCAAACAAGCCAUUUCUGUUGGACCGCAGUGUGGUUGAUAAUCUGUGGCUGUUCAACUCGUCUCUGAUCGGCUUCUACGUGUCGUUCGGCCAUCGACCUAACGAGAAGGAGCUAGUCAAACUCGAAAGCUGUCCACUGCAGAUGAAUAGCCAGCACUAUGCCGAGAUAACACGUGUGUACGUGUCAAAUUCUCGCAGCGCCACCAACCAGCCUGUGUUCCCCACUCCACCGCUGACGAGCCACAGCACCGCCAUGCCCACCACUAGCGCGGGCUUGCAGCGCAGCACGUCCGGUGGAGGAUCCCGUGGCGGCCCCUCCUCCUCCGCGGUGGCGACGGCGGCCACGCAGCCCAGCCUGGGAGCUGGUGGCGGCGGCGGUGCACCUGGCGUUGGCGGCGGCGGUGGUGGCAGGUAUGUGGGCGCUGGCGGUCGAGGCAUAGCCAACACGUCGAUGCCUCAGAGUGCGUACGCCGAGCUGCAGCGGCGAGACGGCCGUACUAGAGCGGUGCGACAGCAGCAACUGCAACAGCAACAACACUACAUGCAGCGGCGGAUGCAGCAACAGCAGCAACAGCAACAGCAACAUGGAACACAGGGUUACUCUACUGCCCAGCAGCACUUUGGCGCGUACGGAGGCCGAGCACCUGCCGCAGCGGCAUCCACCGCUGGCAGUGCUGCUGCUGGUGGUGGCUCAGCCGUUAGCAGUGGAUCGGCCGCGUACCGUUACAGCACCGGUGAAGCGCCAUCACAACAACAACAACAACAACAACAACAGCAGCAGCAGCAGCAUGCACCGAGGCCAUCUAUGCAGCACAUGCAGAAUGGCGGCGGUGAGGCUGUUGCUGGUGCUGCAGCUAUGCAGCAACCUCUGAACACUGGCGGUGCGGGAGCGGUCGCUGCUGCCAGUGGAGGUGGUGCUGGCACCCCUCCUGGCAGUGGCGGCUUUCAGGAUCCUCGCACGCGGAUGAGACGACCCCGCACGUCUCCAUUCAUACCGUACUCGGCGACGCCGCAACCCCGCAAGCCUGCUCCGCAACAAGCACAGUCCUCCAUGGCGAAUUUCUCUCAACAGCAACUGAAACAGCAGCCGCAAGGAUCCGUGGAGCAAAGAAUGCAGCAACAAAUCCAGCUAUUGCAGCAGAGGCAGCAGCAGCAACAGCAGCAGCAGCAACAACAGCAGCAGCAACAGCAGCAGCAGUACGCAACACCACAGCAGGAUGCCAUUGGACAGCAUCCGCCGCCAGGUCAGCAGCAGCAGCAGCAGCAGCAGGCUUCACAAAUGCCCCGCCCGGUCGUGAUGGGCGAGCAGCCUCAGCAGCCUCUAGCGCCACGUCAGCAGCUGGAGCAGCUCUACACGGAGCGGCAGAAGGCGGCCGCUCAGCGACUGCAAGCUAACAAUCGACCGGACAAGCAAACAUACGUGGCCGUGUACAGACCUCGAGGCCAGCAAGCCAAUCAGCCGGACACCGCUACACGACAGCCAUCAGAUACCCACCAACACCAAUCGAAGCAACCCGAGAGAAUCGUGAUCAAGGAAGAAGACGACGGAUCGCCGACGCAUCGCGAACAACAUCUUGCGAUGGGCGGCAGCAGCUCGCGUUCUAACUCACGCUCUCCCAGCGCGGCGCCAGGCAUUAGCCCUGCGCGGCAAGGUAGCGGUAACACUGGUGGUUCCCGGUCAUCGAGUGGUGCAGGCCCAGCAAGGGGAUAUCGACAUGACGGUGAUGCGUAUGCUCGACACCCUUCCAACUACUCACAGCAGCAACGACAGGUGCGUACACAGCAACAGCAGCAGCCACAACCCCAACAACAGCACCAGCAAAUACAGCAGCAUCAGCAACACCACCAACAACAAACACAGCAGCAACCACAACAACAACAACAACAACUCCAACAAGGCGGAAAUCGUGGUGCGUCCGCUUGGCGCGAGCCCGUUGCAGACAGUGCACCGAGCAGGCCGCAAGCACGCUCAGACCACGCGCCGACCGCCAACGCGCCACAACAGCAUCAGUAUCCCAGCCAGCAGACACGCCACCACCAGCAACAUCAGCAGCAGCAGCACAUACAUCAUAAACAACAAACACAACAGCAACAACACUACCAACAACAACACCAGCAGCAACAGCAGCAGCAACAGCAGCAGCAGCAGCAGCAGCAGCGACGGCCUGCAGCAGAUCAACGUUCGAUUACCGGGGCCGGCGAGAUUGGUUCCAGCACAGAUGCACGUGUCCAUUCGGCUGAUACGACAUCGGCAGAUCCGAGGGACGUAUCCCCUCAGUCCGACCCGAAUCAGAUGUGCAUCGGUUGUGGAGCUCCAGCCAAGUUUGUGUGCUGCGUAUGCCGUCUCAAGUGGUACUGCACUCGGGAGUGUCAGAUUGCUAACUGGAAGCGCCAUUGUCGAUCAUGCUCGAGCUAGCCUAGCCUAGUUGUUUGGGCUGACCACCUGCUCUUGUGCUCUCUCUGCCUCUGCGAAUGAUAGCAUGGUGCACAUGUUAGAGAAGGCUUUCGCUAACCUGCACACCAUCAUCCUAUUAGUCUGUUUCUGCUUACAAGUCAUGCUCUUCUUUUCGGCGUUCUGCUGUCGGUGGUGAAGUGAGGCUAAUUGACUGUCCGGGCCCUACAGCUGUUCACGUCUCGUCUGCACCGGUCCCAUUGAGCGGCUCGGGUGACGGAAAAGUUGGUCGUACAAUCUGCUGUCUUGUCUGUGUGCCAGAUCCACCAGCCAGUGUUAUUGUUGCAUGCGCCCCUCAUUCGCUGUUCAUCUGUUAUGUGCUCGUUUCUUGCCCGUGCUGACUUCUAAAUAAAUGUUGUAAUUGCUUACCUCACCCUUUGCUUUUCUCGUGAAUGUUCAUAUUUAUGUUUUGUAUUUAUUUCCCAAUAAUAGCACAGAGCUGCUGCUAGUUCUGGUAUUGUUUUACCUCUUUAUCGACGAUCCAGGUCAUAAUCAACCUUCAACAUGCUCUCCACGCUUUCAAUGCUCACACACAUGCACGCAUGCACCACGCUAAUUACAAUCCCCCGCAGUUCGUCAGGGAUAGCCAUUUUGGCUAUCAGGAUCCUUCAAACCAAACGAGUGUAGGUAUCAUUCCAGAAUUUUAGCCGUAUACAAACUAAACGAGUGUAGUUAUUCCAGAAUACAUCCACAUGCUGGGUAAAAGUAAUUAACUGGUUUUAUUUCUCCUCCAUCCAAAUCAGAAUAUUCAGUCUUAUCUCAUGAUAGAACUAAGAAUUCAACAAAUAGAAACAAGUGUUUUAUUAAAAGAAUAGGUACUGUUUCGUGAUUCGUGAUAAUAGACGCGACUGUUUCGUGAUUCGUGAUAAUAGAUGUGAGUUUCUCUGUGCAUACAUGCGUGUUACUUUUAUAGCCUAUCCUGGCUCUGAACUUCAUUCACACCUGAAAUGAUUGGUCAACCUCCCUCGGCUAGUCGGAGUUCAGCAAGUGA